AUGGGAGCGACAAGUCAUUUUGUUGUGAAGAAGACGGACCACCCGGGAUCUACUCCUCAAGAGAUCGCAAAUGAACCCAAUUGGGGCUCCGGUCACAACCAUCGUAUCGGCUUCAAGAACAAGGACAACCGCGUGCCUGGAUACGUGGAAGAGGCGAAGGGGAAGCUGAGCGCAUAUCACACUCGAGUAGAGACUGGCGAGCUGGUCAAUUUCGAGGAUAUUGUCAAGGCCCAGGAGGAUCUGAGCCUUCUGCAUCCGGAAAACAGGUCCGUAGGCUGGCGCUACGUACUCGACGUUACCGAGGACUGGGUCAAGUACGGCCAAAAAUGGCCAGCAAACUUGGAAGCUGAGAAGAAGAAACAGGAGGACAAGAAGAAGCAAGACGAAUCCAAAAAGGAAGACAAACCCCAGCAAAACGGCCACUCGGAAAAGUCUAACAAAAAUGGGCAGAAGGAGAAGGGAGAAGAUAGGCCAGAGGACAAGUACUCGCCACAUGAGCUUGCGCUCUUGCGUGCAUUGCAGCAUGAGAGCGAGUAUAUAAAGAAGCUCGAGGUCAAUGACGGAAAACGGGCUUCUCCUCAGAAAGACCAUCGACGGGAUAUUGCAAUCGACGAGGCCGACCAGUUCACACCCGACAAUUGGCUGCCACGCAGUCCCGAGUUGAUCCGGCUUACAGGAAAGCACCCCCUUAAUGCCGAGCCGCAGCUAAAUAAGCUCUAUGGAGCUGGUUUGAUCACGCCUAACGAGCUGCAUUACGUCCGGAACCAUGGGCCUGUACCUCGUCUGUUGUGGGAGUUUCACACCGUCGACGUGGACAAUGGCAAACUGCUCCUUUCGAUGGAUCAGAUCAAGAAUGACUUUGACGCUGUCAAUAUCCCUGUUUUCCUGGCCUGUGAUGGCAUGCGACGAAAAGAGCUGAACCUCAUCCGCAAAUCCAAGGGGUUCAACUGGGGUUCUGGCGCAGGCAGCUGCGCUUAUUGGAAAGGGCCUCUUCUACGAGAUGUUCUCCUCGCCGCUGGCAUCCCUGACGAAUUGAGUGAAGAUAAACGCUACUGGGUCAACUUUGAAGGCGCAGACGAGCUGAGUGAGGGCAAGUAUGCAACCAGCUUGCCGUUUGACUACGCCAUGGACCCCAUGAACGAUGUCCUGCUCGCCUACGAAAUGAACGAUGUUCCUCUUCCGCCUGACCAUGGGUACCCAGUACGAUUGAUAGUCCCAGGCUACGUCGGCGGACGCAACGUAAAGUGGCUGAAGAGGAUAUGGAUUAGUGAAAAGGAGAAUGACUCUCACUAUCACAUAUGGGAUAACCGCGUGCUGCCGUCUUUCAUCACGGAAAUGGAAAGCGAGUUUGCCGAGACCAUGUUCCGACACCCGAGCACGGCGUGCAAUGAGCAGAACCUCAACUCUGUGAUUGUGCGUCCGGAACAGGGUGAGAAAAUUAGCCUUGCAGACGCUCACCGGGGGAAGUCGUACCGGAUCCAGGGGUUUGCGUACGACGGCGGUGGGCACGAAGUGCAGAAGGUUGAGGUGUCUCUCGACGGCGGCGAGACGUGGCUGUACUGCAUACGCGAAUUCCCCGAGGCGCCCAUCAGACACGGUAAGAAGUUUUGGACGUGGCUGCAUUGGUAUGUCGACGUGCCUCUCUCGCAUCUGAUCCAGGCGCGGGAGAUCAAAGUCCGCUGCUUCAAUGUGUUCAAGAACACGCAGCCUGAAAAGCCGUCGUGGAAUCUGAUGGGUAUGAUGAACAACUGCUGGUACACGGUAAAGUCGGAAAUCGUCGAGGACGAGGAUCCAAAGUCCGAUUCCACAUACGUCUUGUUCAGACAUCCAGUUGAGCCUGGAACUGGCGAUGGCGGAUGGAUGAAGCCGAGCGUGGUGAACCAAGUUGAAGCGGCGAAACGAGAUGCAGGCACCCCGCAGAAGCAGUUUACGCGAGAGGAGAUUGAGAAACAUGACAAGGAAGAUGACUGCUGGAUUGUUGUGGAUGGAAAGGUGUACGACGCAACGUCGGUGAUGUCGUGGCAUCCUGGUGGAAAGGCGCCCAUCAUGGCGCAUGCUGGCCGGGUACACCAGGAGGCAACGGAGGAGUUUGAUAGCAUCCAUGAUGGGUUUGCAUUUGACAAGCUGAACGAAUGUCUCCUCGGAGUCGUCACCGACAAGGCCAUGAACUUUAUCAAAAAGAACGCGGAAUUAGCAGCCGCCGAAAAGGCCAAGGAUGAGGGCAACAACAAGCGCGCGUUGCAGAAGCACAAAUGGAUGCCCACGAAACUGAUCGACAGAAAGCCACUCUCGGAAGACACCUUUUCCUACACGUUCCAGCUCCCAGACCACAAGGCAGUUCUCGGGCUAGGAACCUGCCAGCAUGUCUUUAUCGGAUUCCACAUGCAUGAUAAAAUGCUCGUGCGGUCUUAUACACCCACCCGCCCCAUCCUCCCGGCACCGAAGAACGCACUUAGUGAGAUCCCAGAGCAGAAUGGUAACAGUGACAAGCAUGGCCCAGCUGAUGGAGACGGCACUUUCGAGCUUGUCGUAAAGACAUAUUUCCCCACGGACAAGCAGCCAGGCGGAGCCAUGUCGAACAUUUUGCACUGCAUGCCUAUCGGAGGCGAAGUUGAGAUUCGCGGCCCGACGGGUGAGAUUACGUACGAAGGUAAUGGAAAGUUCAUCAUUGAUGGGGAAGAGAGGGUGUACAAGCACGUAUCGUUGGUUCUUGGCGGCUCGGGUGUGACCCCUGGGUACUCUCUAAUCGCGAGGAUUGUGGCGGCUGGAGAUGACGAGACCGAAGUUCGCGUUGUAGAUGCCAACAAAACGGAGAAGGACAUUUUGCUUCGAAGCGAGCUUGGAGGGUUUGAGAGGAAGAGCGACGGAAGGUUGAAAGUGACGCAUGUCCUUAGCCACCCUAGCGACGGGUGGAAGGGGUUGAGCGGUCACGUCGACGAGGAUAUUCUCAAGAAGACUCUUUUCCCACCAUCGGAAGACAGCGCGGUCUUUCUUUGCGGGCCGCCGACAAUGAUUCAGAAGGCGGUUCUACCAGCGUUGAAAGAUUGGGGCUACGUAGAAGACAAGAAUGUCUUUGGCUUCUAA